AUGUUCUCCAGGAGGAUCUCUUCAGCCGAGUGCAGCACAUGGUAUGCGGUGUCCCUUACUACAGCUGUUGCUGUGGUCGCAGUUAACCUCCUAUCAAUUAUUCUUUUUAUAAAGAACAGUUAUCUUCGCACUCGUGCCAUGUACUUGGUUAUAAACUUGACCGUGGCUGAUAUGUUUGUUGGAGGAGCAGCCACUUUCGCUGUAGUAUUUCAUUUCUUCCUCUACGGUUGCGAAGUUGGAAAUAAAUUCAGAUUCCGCUCUAAACAGUUUUUUACUCCGCAGGAAUGGCAACCUUUUCUUGUGCUUCUCAUGAUCGACAUCUGGCUUUCUCUCACAUCUGUGGCAGGCAUUGCAGUAAUUUCUUUAGAUCGGAUGCAUGCGACUUUUCGUCCAUUCAGGCAUCGCAACAUCAAAAAAUGGGCCUACGGGGUAGCAAUUGGUGGUGUCUGGAUUUUAACUGCAAUGUUAAUUCCCUUUCCGUUAACACGUCUGUAUGGAAAAUUGCACUCGUUCUUAUGGCUGUCAUAUCGUUGCCUUUGCCUUUUUGUUAUCUUUAUUUCUUACACCUCAAUUGCUUUAAAAUUUUGGUGUGGAACCCGUCCUCCGUCACAUGGUGCUGCCAAUAGACAAAGAAAACUGACUGUGACAUUAUUCAUAAUGACCAUUGUAUCUUUGCUGUUGUGGUUACCAUAUGUUGUACAUAAUUUUGUUCCUUUUUCUGUUCUAGAUACUAAGUUUUCUUCCCUGACAUAUUUACGCUUGAGAUUAUCUUUUACCCUUCUACGCCACACAAACUCGCUUGUUAAUCCCAUUAUUUACACAAUCAGGAUGCCAGAGUUCAGAAAAGCUCUCCUGAUAUUAUUUAAACGUCGACAAAGACAAAAUGUUGCUAUUCCUCUUCAAGCCCGUUAGCACCAAAAAGGAAUUCCUGGCAUGUCCGCACAUUUUUUUCGAUUGUUUAAACACCAACAGCAUGAUCCCCCGCGCGACUGCCUCUAAGCAAACAAUGCAGAAGAUUUUUAUUACGGCUGUUGAAUUGCCUCUUGAAAACACUGAAUAAAUACGGAUGCCAAAUUCUGAUUAAUUUCAAGCGUUUAAUUGGACAAAAAUUCUUCGGAGAAAGUCACAUGUGCCAACAAGGCCAUAAUAGGACUUGGUACCAAUCAAGGGCGUGACUGGGCGCUCUUUGUCCUUUUAUUCUCUCUUGGUAACACUUAAUUGUAAGUUCAUAAUGAUGACUAGUCAAAAACAAGAGGGAGCUUGUGGGAGAAAUGACCCUUCAAAUAAGGAAGAAGGGACAAAAUAAGUUUUGUUAAGUUUAAUUAUCAACUUUAAUUACUUAAGACAUUUUCUCCUUUCUUUGUGGUUGUUGUACGUGGCCACAAGUUUUGCCUCUUUGAGCUACGUAAUUGCUGCGGUAUGUGCAAAUGAAGCUUUAGCAAUGAUGGAGAUGUUGUACAUAUUAGGCUAACUAUGGUUACAUUAUACUGGAUAGCUUUUGUGCCGCCACGAAAAUCAUACCGGAUAGGGAUUCGGUUGACACACGUGAACGGUGAUUUCGACGCGAUUUCCAUGACGGAGAGAAACGGCGUCACGCCGAUCUCUAAAGUGGAGAGUCACGUAUUGGAUACAUUAGGUGUUUAUACUUUGCCAAACAGACCUUGUCGUGUUGGCUUACUUUUGACUGCCUUAGUUUGCCAUCUUUUUAUGUAUUAUUUAGCAAUUCUAUUGAGAUGAAGUAGUCCGAGGACGUUUUUGAAGCUGUUUAAAUCACUUACAGCACGUGUUUUAAACAUUAAAUCCACUAUUCAGCUAAUCUUUUCUUGGCAUUUUUAAUCAGUAUAAAGUGUGCUUUAUAAACAGGGAAUUUCCGAGUUCUAAACGGGGGGCUCUCACUUUUUUAGUCAAGUUUAGACUCCUUUUUUCGAUAAUGAGUUUAGCUUGCAUGAGAAUAACAAAUCAUUUUCAUCCAAAUCAUUUCGCUUAAUUUGAGACAGAGGAUUGAAGCAACUCGGAAAUGGCCGAUUAAUCUUGUACAUUUACAUUCAGAAUUAGUUGUUAUCAAAGCUCUUGUUGUUAUACAGGUUUCAGUGUAAUUACGUCUUUUUUUCUACUUUCUGAAGCACUACUACGUAUGUAGACUGGAGAACAGUCGGCGUUUUUUUUUUUUUCAUAAUCGGUUUUGCAAAACCGCGAAGGGCCGGCGUGGAUUUUCACGAAAAGCGCGCGAGCCUGACACACCCUUAGGCCCAGUCCCACUCUGCGUUUUGACCCUCUCGCUCCAAACUUUUGGUUUGACCGCGCACGCGUGCCUUCUUAACCUCGCCAAAAAUACGAGCUGUUUUGUAGUCUAAUACGUAUGUGGCCAUUGAUAAAAUAUAACAGAGUAUAUAAAAUGAAGCCAAGAUCAUGUUGUUUUGUACACCUUAACACCUAUUUUAUAGGGCUUUCCAACUGUUGCUAGACUUUCUAAAAUGUCUGUGUCAGUAAAGUAAACCAAUUUAGAGUAUUCAAUAAACAUACUAUUUAAACAUGAUUUUACCAUUGGUGUUUGCCGUGAUCAUGACCUUUUAAUAAUAGCUUAGGUCACUGGAAAAGGAGAGAAUAGUACGAAAUGGGAAUAAGACAUUUACACUGUAGUAUGGCAAACUUGUCAGGUAACUCUCAAAAGCCCGUAAUUUUUUGUCAAUUCUGAGACUAUUACUCCUUUACUGUCAUAAAAGAUAUUAUUCAUCGUUGUGUGGUGUAUAAAGGGUCCGUCUUUAUCGUUUGUCUUACUAUUAUGAAAGGGAUAUACGCCAUCACCAACUCAACUCUCAGCCGUUUCUGAACACGCCAAUAAUACCGAACAUUAUCCUCUUUGGGAUGAGGUUAAGUUUAUUGACCGAGACCCUCACUGGUUCUCUGACUCGUGUCUCGUAGUAUCACUGCAGUUCGCGGAGGGAACAGUCUCUUCCCCUAUAUCGGUUUUCAAUUGACCGUAGGCUGGGGUCCAUUUUUCCAGUUUGCUUCUCGUUUGUUAACAUAGCGAAUGCUGAAUUAUUUCAAAAAAGAGAGAGCUUCGAAUUUGGCCUUGGCUAAAUCUGCAUAUUAUUUGCUUACUGUGUAUGAAGGGAAAAAGCGCUGGAAUGGGAUUAAGAGAAUUGUUUUCAAUGCAUAUAUCAGUCUUAAGCUAGCCUAACCCUUUUCUUUCACUAUUUCUAUCUAGGAAUGAUGGAAGUGCGACUUUAUUAUUACCGAGGAAAAUUCUAAUCCUCUAAGUUAAAUACAGUCAUUUUUCUUUUGCCUUAAUUUCAACAGCAUGUUUCACUCAGGACCCCCUCUUGCUUGAUCAAAAGAUUAAAAAUGCUAGUUGGAGAGAAUACACCAGUAUCUAUAUAACAUUUCUAGAACCUUUCUCUUCAAUCUCCGUGCUCGAACCGAGGAAAGUCUGUAAGAUCACCUCCAGCGUUCACCUUCAAAAACAUGUUAAAAAGACUCAGUUCAAAUUGCGCAUCACUUUAACCACGGACUACCCAAUAUAAGACAUUGAACAGUUCGUAGUAAUGAGCAUCAAACCACAAAGGAACGACAAUUUCAAACAAACUGAACUAUAAGGCUUUGAGUGGAAAAAAUUGGUGUUUUGGAUUGGCGUCGCUUAUGAGAGGUGAUCGCAUAUGGAGGUUCAUCUAUAGGUCACGUGUUCUCCUACAGGGCUGACCAAUAUUUUUUGCCUUAGUUUACACUAAGUUGGAUAAUCCAAACUUAUAAGUGCACAAUGAUGCACACAAGGCUGAACAAGAAGCGACCACCAUUUUUGUUCCGGGCCAAAAAGUAAACAGGAUGUUUCAAAUUAAAUAUCUUCAUCCCAGGGAUAAAUGCUUAAAAGCUGUGACGUUUGAAACUCUUUAAUUGAGACAAGAGUAGUUAUCUUUCUAAUGCAUGGAAAACUUUAAAUAACUUGAUGCGUCUGUCGUAGGCCAGUAGGCUUUGUCCCAUUAGCGCAAUUUAAAACCAUUCAUAAGACGCGAACCAUAUAGUUUAAAAACCAACUUAUCCGAAUUACGUUUUUCGUGACCGUCAAUCAUAAUUACGAUCACAAGCAACAAACCUUGAAACAUAGAAAGUCACAAAAUGGAUUGAAACCACUUAUCACACAUCACAAACCACGACCUUUUCGAUUUUAAUUCAUGGAAGAAAACUUCUCUUGCUAAUUUGAUUGAAGGCAGCAGAGAACGCAAACGUUAGUUGGCUUUUGAACUUGGGGUGUUAUUGAAAGUCAAUGUUCCGUUUUACUUAUACCAACUGUGUUUCCACGGUUGGAGGUUAGCAGCUGAAUAGAGGAUCGUCCGAAAUAAGCAAAAUGUUAGCUGAAACUUUAUUCUGAAACAGAAACCUUAAGAGAUUUCUGACAACUUCCACACAAGAGACGGGAUAUAAUACUGUUCAAAAUGACUAGAGUAUCGAAACAAACAAGUAAUUUCUCCUCAAAUUGUUGUGGUGAGCGUCUGCCAACUUUCCACGAACAAAAGUACCACAGUAUAGACUAUGAUCUAAAUUUUUAUUGUAAUCGGAAAAGGCGGCACUGUCUGUAACUAAAACGUUACAUCAUGUGUCCCAUCGCGUAGAUUUCCCAGUCCAUUAUAUUGAGGUUAACAAAAAAUUUCCCGUCCGGGUAAGGCUUAGUGUUCUGUCUUUUUUGCCGUGACACUUCUACCUAAUACAUGAGGUAAAAACAACAAAACGGUCAAAGAGUACUGGAAACAAGUUUGCGAAACAACAAAGAUGACGGCCGGAAUCGCGGAGAAAUUUUUUUGGCUUUCCAAGACGUUUUCUGGAAGGUUUCUUCGCGCUGUCUACCCCUCACGAGUUCGGGUCAACCUCAAAGGGAAACAAAAAAAAAAAAAAAAAAACAGUUUUUAUCGCAUUCCUUGCUUCAAAAGACUUUGGUGGUUUCAAAGACAGACAAGAGAUGUCAAGAUUUCAGGUGUUACCCUGAUCGCAAUUUCUGCAAACUUUAGGUUUAUUAAUCUUUCCGUGAAAGUCUACGCACGCGAAAUUCCAUGCAAAAAUGGCAAAAUGCGUUUUGGUUGGUUUUUAGCGAAAAAAAUCCGUUAAGCAGGCAUUAAUCGAAGGUAAGAUCUUUAAUUUGAUGUUUCUUGAUAUUUAUAUUCCGGUGGUACCCAUUGGGAAUUGGUUACGAGCAACUCACAAUCAGAGACAAAAAACUCUCAAAAUCGCUUCAGUCUUAUUAUUCCGCCAUAUUUUAAGGACCAAAUCGUGGCUUGAAUAAGGCUUGAAUGCGGCUGUAGCCUGUUAAAUUCCCAGAUGUUACAAGACAUUCUACGCGACGCAUAAUCAUUCGUCACCUUCUAUUUCUGACUGUAUUUUCCUUUCAUUAUAUUAAAAAAUAGAACAAAGCCAAACUACCGUAAAUGAUCUAAUAAACGCCGGGGGGCGUUUAUUAAAUUUCAAGGGUCCAAGGGGGGUGCGUUUAAAAGAUAAGAGGCGUUUAAAGAGAGAGGCGUUUAUACAUGAUAACCUAAAUACGGUAUUAUAAUAAACUAAAUGACAGAGCUUUAGAAGACUAUCAAGUCCGUCCGCUGAUAAGUCUAAACCGUCUACAAAUCCAUAACGGUAUUUGGUACAUACAAAGUGGCGGAAAAGGGUACCGUACUGGUAGUUCUUAUAGCUCAAUGUCAACAUCCACCGGUGUUAAUUAAGCAAGAACGCAAAUAAAUUGAUUGAUUGUAUUGUACAUCUGUUUCCAGUUUAUGUGUGGUUUUCAGGGAAGGGGGCGUUUAAUGGAGAGGAGCGUUUAAGAUAGGGGGCGUUUAUUAGAUCAUUUACGAUAAGUGUAUCAAUUAUCAAACGUUUUGUGAUCACUUGAUAGAUGUGUAAACAAUAGGAGAACUCUGUGGUCAGGAUAGUCAAAAGAAAGCGGCGGCCACGUGAUAAUAGUAGCAUGCGUCACAGAGAAAACUAAAAUCUAAUUGUGGCCAUAAUUCUACAAUUAUUUUAGGACUUUCAUUGCUGGGCGCUUAAUUGGUGGCCGCUUAAUCAUAUGGCUAGACUUCACUCAAAAAAAUAAAGGGCUAAUUAAUAGACUAUUACAACUGCGACUGUCAGAACUGUUUAGAACAUUAACUCAAGCGUCACGUUCACUCUUGCUAUUAAACGGGUGAGAAAUUGAGGAAAGGACACCAUUAAUCCGUUACAAACGUUACAUAAAUCCGUUACAAACUUCAGCUCUCUGCCUCCUUCAAGACAACCGACCAGCUCAGUAUUUGUUGGAAAGGUAAGCGCUAUGUUAGAAGUUGUUGUGAGAAAAAACAAUGUUAAGCCUUUAAAACAAUUUAAUUCUCUCCUCGCAUGAUCGCGAAGUCAUCUUGCUAAUAGUCACAGCCACAUAGUUAAACCUCGCUGAAUUUUGUCUUUCUCUUAAAGAGAAGCUUAAAUUCGCCAUACCUUGCAAAAGAGAAGAUUUUAGAAGAUACAGCCAGUUUUAAGUUUCUGUGCAUUGUUCUUUUUUAACUAGAAAUUUCAAAAAUAUCUUCAUCUUUUAGGUUCCGAAUAAUACUAGAUCGUUGAGCGUUUAAAAGUUCAACAAAGGAUAAGUAAGAAAAACCAAGUAAAAACCCAAACAUUUGCAAUGGAACAAAGCAACAGAGGAUGUUGAAAAAAUAUAUGUUUUGUUUGCUUCAGUCCCUACCUUUUAACAGGAAACUGACAUAAAAAAUAAUUGUGGUUUAAAACCUAUAAACGGUUACAGGAAGCUAACAGAAAGUAGCUGUUAGCAAGAAUGGGUAGCACAGGUAGCACUCGCCUGAGACAGUUAGGGCGUAAAUAAUGGCGAUACCCGUGAUGAACAGGAAAGCGCGCAAAUCCCUUCCCGGCAAAGGCUGAGAGGCUGUAAUAAAAGAUUUUGUUCGCUCUACUGGAGUCAUCAAAAAGGAAGUUCUUAUUGACAAAAAGUUUAUCUCAGCGACAAUUUUUCUAAAAGGUUUGGCAAAUUUAAAAACAAAUAAUUAAAAAAUUGUAUCUUGUUUACACUAUGGCCUACCGUUCGGUUAAUAACUUGGUUAAUCCUUGCAAUGGGCAGAAGGGCUGUAGCAGUGAACUUCUUUAUCGGACUUCGUAUACCAAAGAAGCUUAUGAAGUUUCUUCAAUUAUUGGCUUUUUUAAUGUUCAUUCAAAUGAUAUUUUCGAGGUACGAUAACUUGGAAGUUGACAGACUUUUAUUGGCACAAUUAGUGUGCGAUACGAUACAGUCUCUUUGUGAAUAUUUAAUGACUUAUCCAAGUUUAAUGGAAGAAAUAUUCUUGAAACGUACCCCGGGGGUUGGGGGAGGUACUCCCCACAAUGGCCUAUACGGGGAGGCUCCGCCCAAAAGGAAUACCUUAUUUGGCCUUCAGGUAUAUGAAAGGGUGGGGAUUUACUAGCUGAAGUAUAUGGAAAAGUAGGAAAAUCUAUCAUUUCGGUCUGUAAAAAAGGCCCGAAAGGUGAACAAAUGCAUUUUAUGGCCUUGAAAAAGUAAAAAAAAAAAGUUCUUGUUUUGUGAUUUAUUCAUAGUUUAAAGGACAUUGGAUUAGAACAGCAGUUAAAAAUGUAUGCAAAGUUCCAAACUAGGUAUGUAAUAGGAGUACUUUUUCUGUCAUAAUUAAAUGGUAUACAUAAGGAUAAGGGGCUGGACCACGGGGCGGAGCCUUCCCGUAAAAACCUUUCUUGAGUACUCCCCCCUUCCCAGUGAAAUAAACUUUCUACCAGGUGAUCCAUUACUUCUUAGUCACUUGCAGUUCAACGAGCGCUAACAAUAACAGCUACAAUUUACAUAUAUUCUUUUGCCCUCAGUUUCCGACCAACCUAUUCAUCUUUAUCUCCCCUCAACCGUUGCUUUUUUCUUUCCACAGGUGAAAGCAAGGGGUUUAUUUCAGUGUUAACACAGGUAUCAAGAAAUUAAAGUUAAGGUGAGCACUCUAUUGAAGAAUUGUUGUCAAUGUACAACCUCCAUUCUUGAUAUUUAAGGAGUCGACUUCAGUCCUCUUAGUCCACCUUCCAAUUAACUUCCUUUUUUCAACUAACCAAACUUUAUUCGAUUUCUUUCUGAAGGGAGGAGAAAACAGAAUUAAAAAGAAAACAUUGAUCUCCAUGACGAUCUCUUCAGCCGAGUGCAGCACAUGGUAUGCUGUAUUCCUUACUAUAGCUGUUGCUGUGGUCGCAGUGAACCUUCUAUCAAUAAUCCUUUUUGUAAAGAACAGUAAUCUUCGCACUCGUGCCGUGUACUUGGUUAUAAACUUGACCGUGGUUGAUAUGUUUGUUGGAGGAAGUGUCACUUUCGCUAUAGUAUUACUUUUCCUCCUCUACGGUUGCGAAGCUGAAAAUGUCUUUUUGAUCAGCCCGGAAUGGUCAAUUGUUGUGCUUUUAAUGGCAGAGCUGUGGUUCUCUCUCACCUCUGUAGCAGGCAUUGCAGUAAUUUCUUUAGAGCGGAUGCAUGCGACGUUUCGUCCAUUCAGGCAUCGCAACAUCAAAAAAUGGGCCUUCGGGGUAACAAUUGCGAGCGUCUGGAUUUUAACUGCGAUGAUUUUAAUUCCCUAUCCGUUGAUAAGUAGGUAUGGGGACUUGCAUCAACAGUGGCAAUUGCUAUUUUCUUACUACUUAUGGCUCUCAUAUUGUUUCCUCUGCCUUGUUGUUAUCUGUGUUUUGUACACCUCCAUUGCUUUAAAAUUUUGGUGUGGAACCCGUCCUCCGUCCCAUGGUGCGGCCAAUAGACAAAGAAAACUGACUGUCACAUUAUUCAUAAUGACCCUUGUAUUUUUGCUGCUGUGGUUACCAUAUGUUGUAUAUACUUUUGUUCUCCGUUCUGGCCUAGUUAGAAUUUUUCCCCUGGCACAUUUUCGCUUGAGAUUAUCUUUUUCUCUUCUAUACCACACAAACUCGCUUGUCAAUCCCAUUAUUUGCACAAUCAGAAUGCCAGAGUUCAGAAGAGCUCUUCUGGUAUUAUUUAAACGUCGACAAAGACAAAAUGUUGCUAUUCCUCUUCAUGCCCGUUAACGCCAAAAGGGAAUUCCUGGGACGUCCGCACAUUUUCAUCGAUUCAGUGAAACACCAACAACAUGGUCCCCCGCGCGACUGCCUCAAAGCAAACAAUUGCAAAUGCAGAAGAUUGUUAUUGCGACUGUUGAAUUUCCUCUUGAAUCACAGGCACUGAAUAAAAGUUUGCGGAGCCCUACGGACACCAAAAUUAAGCGUGUAAUUGGACUAAAAAUAACUUUGGUACAAUUCACGUGUCCCAACAAGAGCCAUAAUAGGACUUGGUACCAAUCAAGGGCGUGACUGGGCGCUCUUUGUCCUUUUAUUCUCUCUUGGUAACACUUAAUUGUAAGUUCAUAAUGAUGACUAGUCAAAAACAAGAAGGAAGGAGGGAGAAAUGACCCUUCAAAUAAGGAAGGAGGGACAAAAUAAGUUUUGUUGAGUUUAAUUAUUAACUUCAAUUACUUAAGACAUUUUUUGUGGUUGUUGUACGUGGCCAAAAGUUUUGUCUCUUUGAGCUACGUAAUUGCUGCGGUAUGUGCAAAUGAAAUUUUAGCGACGAUGGAGAGGUUGUACAUAUUAGGCUAGCUAUGGUCACACUAUACUGGAUAGCUUUUUUGCCGCCACGAAAAUCAUACCGGAUAGGGAUUCUGUUGACACACAUGAACGGCGAUUUCGACACGAUUUCAAUGACGGAGCGAAACUGCGUCACGCCGAUCUCUAAAGUGGAGAGUCACGCAUUGGAUAGAUCAGGUGUUUAUACUUUGCCGGACAACUUGUCGUGUCGGCUUAAUUACUUUUGACUGCUUUUGUUUGCCGUCUUUUUAUGUAUUAUUAGGGACUUUAAGAUCCAACGACGCCGACGACAACGAGAACGUCAAAAAAACAAUAGGUUUAAUUAGCAAAACCGCAAUUUCGCACGUGCAUCACACUUUUUUGUACAUUUCUUUCCCGUUUUUGCACGACUGCGACGUGAAAAUGCCUAAUUUCG